AUGGACAAACUCGAAUCCCUGUCGUCUACUCUCCAAAAUAUCACGCUCUAUGAUAUUAAGAGCAUGUACAACCAGGCGAAGAACGUCGUCCUCAACAUCAGUGAGAUGGAGGCAAAAGUUAGAGAAGCAACUAACGAUGAUCCUUGGGGUGCAAGCUCGACCCUGAUGCAAGAGAUCGCUCAAGGCCAAUACUUCAACGAGAUCAUGCCCAGCAUCUACUCACGAUUCAUGGAGAAAGAAGCCCGACAAUGGCGUCAAAUUUACAAGGCUCUCCAACUUCUUGAAUACUUGAUCAAACAUGGCUCGGAACGGGUUGUCGAUGAUGCACGAUCCCACAUAUCGACACUCAAAAUGCUUAGAAACUUCCAUUAUAUCGAUGACAAAGGGAAAGACGAGGGUAUCAACGUCCGCAACCGUUCUCGUGAAUUGGUCGAAUUACUGUCAGAUGUAGAAAAAAUUAGGGCGGAGCGCCGCAAGGCAAAGGCCAACAAAAACAAGUAUGUUGGCGUUGGCAAUGAUGGCAUGAGCUUCGAGUCUAGUGGAGGUGGACGUUACGGCGGUUUCGGCAGUGACAGCUUGGGCGGCGGAGGUGGAAGUUCAACGUAUGGCAACUAUAGCAAUGAUUAUCGUGCUGGGGGCAGCAGCAGUCGUGCGGAUAUGGGAGGUAGUUCCUCCUACGGUGGUAGCUCACGUCGCAACUUUGAGGAAUACAAUGCUGGAGAUGAUGAAGUGUCACAUACACCCAGCCCUGUACGAACAAGCUCUGUUCGUACACCCGUUAGGAAAAAUACAGCACCCCCUCCACCUCCACCACCUGCUCCAGUUGCAGAUUUACUAGGCGGGCUCGACGACGACACAUUUGGAGCACCAGUACCCGCGCCCGCGCCCUUGGCGAUGAACAAAGCUCUCCCGGCCGUUUCAAAUCCCAGUGUUGGCCUUGAUGAUGACGAUUUCAAUGACUUCCAAGCCGCGCCUAUACAAGCUGCACCUAUACAAGCUGCCAGUACCCCAAUUGCCCCUGCCGCAACUAAAAAACCUACUCUUAUGGAUAUGCUCAACUCGACCUCGCCACCCAUACAGCAGCAACAGCAACCUGUCAAUACCGGUUUUGCACAACCGUCUACUGGGUUCGGAAUGGGUAUGGGUAUGAACAUGGGCAUAAAUCCGGGUAUGGGCAUGGGUAUGGCUGGAGGCGCACCUGCAGGGAUGGGCGGAAUGAACAUGGGCAUGGGAGGACACCGCCAAACACCAUCAUACUCCCAGCCGGGGCAAUUCUCGGCCCCAAUGGCACCCACACCUAUGGCGCCUAUGAAAUCUACGCCAUCUGGAUUCUCCCCUGGUUCGUCGAUGUCACCUAAGCCAGCUGGGGGUGCCGCCGCCCCCGCUAAAAGCGCGAAUUUCGAUGAUUUGUGGUCGCUUUCUCUGGGAAGUACUACGACAUCCAAGCCUGCUGCUGGAACCGGUAAGUCCAUCAAGGAUUUAGAAAAGGAGAAAGCGAUGGCGGGACUUUGGGGAGGACAACAACAAUCUGGACAGGCGAAGCCGGUUGGUUCUGCUCCCUUGCCUGCGUUCGGUGGGUUUGGCACUGCUGCACCACCAUCGUCGGCCGGCAACGAUGAUCUUCUCCUGUGA